CUCUUAAUUUAUUUUCCUUUAAUAUCAACAUGAGAUCAUCCUGAAAGCAGCCCAGGGUUAUCAACUUUUCCUGUUUAUGGUCAUUUUAGGGUUGACUCUGAGUAAAAGGGUAAGGCAUACACUUUAGGGUUCCAGAAUUAGAGAUGUGCCCUGUGACCUCACAAGUCUAUCCUCUCCUUUUUUGGCACCAUAAGAAGCUGGAGAACCAGAACCACAAGGCCAAUUCUUUCAGUUUUCGUUCUUUGAAGACUGCAGUCGUUGUAUUUGUUGCUAACUGUCGUCUAUACAUGAGCAAGUCCGAGAGAGAAGCAUCUGUAGAUGGUGGUGCGUUUGAAGUGAGGAAUCCAGUGGCUUCCUCUCGUCCCUUCUGCCUCGAGCUCUCCCUCAAGGCCGUCCAGAGCACGAGCGAGAGCAGCGGCAGCGGCAGCGGCGUCGGCGGAGAGUCGCCGGCUGCGUGCGGGCCGAGGUCGCAGAGAGUCUUCUCCUGCAACUACUGCCAUCGCAAGUUCUUCAGCUCCCAGGCGCUGGGAGGCCACCAGAACGCCCACAAGAGGGAGCGGUCGCUGGCGAAGCGCGCGGUGCGGAUGGAGGCGGCCUUCCCCUACGCCUGCGCGAGCAUGGCGUCGCUGCCCCUCUACGGCUCCGGGAUCCGCUCGCUCGGAAUUCAAGCUCACUCUUCGGCGCACCGCGGAGUGGCGAAGUGGAAGAAGAAGGAGAGCGACGGGAGGGGCCGGAUGGAGCCGGUCAGGGCAGGCCUUGUGGAAGAUGAGGAGCUGGAUUUUUGCUGCUGGCCUGGGAGCUUCAGGCCAAUGGCGGAUUCAAGUUCGGUCACUUCAAUUACCCAGCAACAGCAACAACCAGAGGAGGAGGAGCCUGAUCUCACUCUCAGGCUUUAACUUAUUGCCCCUGUUUUUUCUUUUUUUUUUUAAUAAUUCAGAUGUUCAAAUUUAGCCGAUUAACUAGAUCUAUUGGAUAAAUCUAGAACAUAACUUAUUGU